AUGGCUCCAUAUAAAGCUCUGUAUGGUAGGAAAUGUCAAUCUCCGGUAUGUUGGUAUGAAACUAGAGAAAGAAGUUUAUUAGGGCCUGAGAUGAUAGAUAAAACUACUGAGCAGAUAAAGAAGAUUCGUAGCCGAAUGCUUAUAGCACAAAGCCAUCAGAAGAGCUAUGUUGAUCAAAGGCAAAAGCCUUUGAAAUUUGAAGAAGGGGAGCAUGUCUUUCUGAAGGCUACACCAACUGCUGGAGUGGGAAGAGCUAUUAAGACUAAGAAACUGAAUCCCCGUUAUAUUGGACCAUUUGAAAUCCUGAAAAGAAUUAGGCCAGUAGCUUAUAGAAUUGCUUUACCGCCUUAUCUUUCGAACUUACACAAUGUGUUUCAUGUAUCACAGCUUCGAAAGUAUACUCCUGACGGGAGUCAUGUUCUGGAACCGGAACCAAUCCAAGUGAGAGAAGAUCUAACACUUUCGGUAACUCCGGUGAGAAUUGAUGACACCAACGCUAAACGAUUGCGUGGGAAGGAAGUAUCACUGGUAAAGGUAGCCUGGAGUCGAACUGGUAUUGAGGAACACACUUUAAAACUUAAGUUAGAUAUGCGGAAGGACUACCCACAUCUCUUUUCAGUACUUGUAACCUUCUUGUGCUUGCCUUUAUCUGUUUAUUUGUCUGUGGAAUACUAA